AUGCUCAGAUUUUUAGUCCCACGUAACACGCUACCCAGAGUUUCUGCUUUGAGAGCUACACAGAUCGCAGGUCCUGCUCUCACGAAAAGAGCAUACCAUCCAAGAGUCAUCGACCAUUACACGAAUCCCAGAAACAUCGGGUCACUAGACAAGAAACUUUCAAACGUCGGCACCGGUCUUGUAGGCGCUCCAGCAUGUGGAGACGUCAUGAAACUGCAGAUCCAGGUCAACGACGAGACCGGAGUCAUUGAAAACGUCAAGUUUAAGACUUUCGGGUGCGGCUCUGCGAUCGCUUCCAGCUCUUACAUGACCGAGCUAGUACGCGGCAAGACGUUGGACGUGGCCUCGCAGAUCAAGAACACCGAAAUAGCCAAGGAGCUCAGCUUACCACCUGUCAAGCUCCAUUGCAGCAUGUUAGCCGAAGACGCCAUCAAAGCGGCCAUCCAGGAUUACAGAUCCAAGAGAAAGACCACAGUGCUAAAAUAA